AUCUAUGGUGUAGUUUUUAAACGAGAGUUUAGUUUGGUUUCUUAUAAAAUUGUUGUAUAAAUUUAGUUAUUUCACUUUUUAGUUCUAAAAUUGUUAUAGGAAUACAUAAAAAUCAAGUUUAUUGAAAUGGAAGUGAAACAAGAAAUUAUCGAGGAAACGUGUAAAAUAGAAACAGAGGAUAAUGACUUGGAUGAUGCUCCUCUGGCAGACUUUGUGAAGAGUGAAAUAAAGGAGGAAUCCAUUGGGCAAAGUGACACAAAUAAUUAUUUGGAUUUAAAGAAAUGUUCCUUGAAUACUGAAAUAGAACAACAUGAUAAACUGAACACAUAUGAAAAAACCCAAAAAACUGAAAAAGGUUACCUUCAAAUGGAAAAUAAAACGGAAAUUGUGGAGCCAAUAACUGAACAUUCAUCUCACGAAGCAAAAAAUAGCCAACAGGUUGAAGGACAAACAUUAAAUAAAAAUUUAAAAGUUGUGACCAGGCAAAGACAUUACAAGUGUGAAAUUUGUUUUAAGCAAUUUAGUCAAUCAGGUAAUUUGAAAUCACAUCUGAGAGUGCACACUGGGGAAAAACCUUACAAGUGUGAAAUUUGUCUUAAGCAUUUCACUGAAUCGGGUAAGUUGAAAAAACAUCUGAGAAUUCACACUGGUGAAAAACCUUACAAGUGUGAAAUUUGUUUCAAGCAGUUUGGUCGAUCAAGUCAUUUGAAAACACAUUCGAGAGUGCACACUGGUGAAAAACCUUAUAAGUGUGAAAUUUGUUUUAAGCAGUGUAGUCAAGCAGGUGAUUUGAAAACACAUUUGAAAAUACACACUGCAGAAAAAUCUUACAAGUGUGAAAUUUGUUUUAAGAAGUUCCUUCUCUCAGGUCAUUUGAAAAAACAUCUGAAAACUCACACGGGUGAAAAACCUUACAAGUGUGAAAUUUGUUUUAAGCAAUUCAUUCACUCAGCUCAUUUGAAAACACAUUUGAACAUUCACACAGGCGAAAAACCUUACAAGUGUGAAAUUUGUUUCAAGCAGUUUAGUCAAUCAAGUAAUUUGAAAACACAUUCGAGAGUGCACACUGGGAAAAAACCUUACAAGUGUGAAAUUUGUCUUAAGCGUUUCACUGAAUCGGGUCCGUUGAAAAAACAUCUGAGAAUUCACACUGGUGAAAAACCUUACAAGUGUGAAAUUUGUUUUAAGCAGUUUAUUCAAUCAAGUCAUUUAAAAACACAUUUGAACAUUCACACAGGCGAAAAACCUUACAAGUGUGAAAUUUGUUUCAAGCAGUUUAGUCAAUCAAGUCAUUUGAAAACACAUUCGAGAGUGCACACUGGGAAAAAACCUUACAAGUGUGAAAUUUGUCUUAAGCAUUUCACUGAAUCGGGUUCGUUGAAAAAACAUCUGAGAAUUCACACUGGAGAAAAAUCUUACAAGUGUGAAAUUUGUUUUAAGCAAUUCAGUGAAUCAGGUCAGUUGAAAAAACAUUUGAGAGUGCACAAUGGGGAAAAACCUUACAGGUGUGAAAUUUGUCUUAAGCAUUUCACUGAAUCGGGUCCGUUGAAAAAACAUCUGAGAAUUCACACUGGUGAAAAACCUUACAAGUGUGAAAUUUGUUUUAAGCAGUUUUCUCAGAAAGGUGAUUUGAAAAGACAUUUGAAAGUGCACACUGGGGAAAAACCUUACAAGUGUGAAAUUUGUCUUAAGCAUUUCACUGAAUCGGGUUAUCUUCAAGAGGAAAAUAAAACGGAAAUUGUGGAGACACUAAUUGGACAUUCAUCUCACGAAACAAAUUAUAUGAGCCAACAGGUUAAAGGACAAACAUUAAAUAAAAAUAUAAAAGUUGUGACCAGGCAAAGACAUUACAAGUGUGAAAUUUGUUUUAUGCAGUUUGUUGAAGCAAGUAGUUUGAAAUCACAUUUGAGAGUGCACACUGGUGAAAAACCUUACAAGUGUGAAAUUUGUUUUAAGCAGUUCAGUGAAUCAGGUCAUUUGAAAACACAUUUGAGAAGUCACACGGGUGAAAAACCUUAUAAGUGUGAAAUUUGUUUUAAGCAGUUUGGUAGAUCAGGUGUUUUAAAAACACAUUUGAAAAUACACACUGGAGAAAAGUCUUAUAAGUGUGAAAUUUGUUUCAAGCAGUUUGGUCAAUCAAGUCAUUUGAAAACACAUUCGAGAGUGCACACUGGGGAAAAACCUUACAAGUGUGAAAUUUGUUUUAAGCAGUUUUGUAGAUCAGAUGUUUUAAAAACACAUUUGAAAAUACACACUGGAGAAAAUUCUUAUAAGUGUAAAAUUUGUUUUAAGCAGUUUGGUCGAUUGGGUGAUUUAAAAACACAUUUUAAAAUUCACACAGGCCAAAAAUUUUUCAAGUGUGAAAUUUGUUUCAAGCAGUUUGGUCAAUCAAGUCAUUUGAAAACACAUUCGAGAGUGCACACUGGGGAAAAACCUUACAAGUGUGAAAUUUGUUUUAAGCAGUUCAGUGAAUCAGGUCAUUUGAAAACACAUUUGAGAAGUCACACGGGUGAAAAACCUUAUAAGUGUGAAAUUUGUUUUAAGCAGUUUGGUAGAUCAGGUGUUUUAAAAACACAUUUGAAAAUACACACUGGAGAAAAGUCUUAUAAGUGUGAAAUUUGUUUCAAGCAGUUUGGUCAAUCAAGUCAUUUGAAAACACAUUCGAGAGUGCACACUGGGGAAAAACCUUACAAGUGUGAAAUUUGUUUUAAGCAGUUCAGUGAAUCAGGUCAUUUGAAAACACAUUUGAGAAGUCACACGGGCGAAAAACCUUACAAGUGUGAGAUUUGUGUUAAGCAGUUUUCUCGGAAAACUCGUUUGAAAGUACACUUUAAAGUGCACACUGGGGAAAAACCUUACAAGUGUGAAAUUUGUUUUAAGCAGUUUGGUAGAUCAGAUGUUUUAAAAACACAUUUGAAAGUACACACUGGAGAAAAAUCUUAAGUGUGCGAAAAUACACACUGGAUUGAAAAACCUCUCUAAUUAUGAGCCCGAAUAUACAGCAUGCGGCAAAAAAAAAACAGUACUGAAAUUCGUAAGCCUCAAAUUUGCAUGUGCCAGGUGCCGAAACGUACUGAGUGGUUUCCGAACGUCAUUAUAACGUACGUGAAUGUCAUGAUAAUGUUAGGUGCUUCAGAAUGGUUCUCAGUUUUGCAGAAAAUAUUUUUAUGCUGGAGUACUUAAAGGUUACGAAAACGGUCCAAGCUUAAAAUCAACAAUAGUUUCAGCAGGACGGGACAACCUGUCACUGCCAGGGAGUCUCUUCGAAUACUGCGCGAUCAUUUUGGGCGUUGCCACUCACAAGAACUAACGCCAUCAUACAGUGCCGGUUUAACCUAACUUAGGGCCCUGGACGCUGGAGAUUUAGGGGCCCCCUUCAUUGCUAUUCGUUGUCAGUUUUUUAACAAGAAAACACAUGCAUUAACUAUAAAGGUUUAUUUAAAAUUUUUUAAACAAGCCAGAAGAAUAGCAUACGUAAAAAUAAUCCAAAAAAUACAUUUAAAACCAUAAAUAAAAAACAGAAAGUUCCACAAAAUAACACAUGAAAAGAAAAAAAAAUAUUCUAAGAAAUACAUAAAGACAAAAAUUAGAUCACUUUUUUUCUUGACUUGGCAUUCGCAAACUGCCAUAUAAUAUUAUCACAAUUCAGUUUCUCCAGUUCUUCAUUCGCUAUAAACAAUAGUGGUAGUGCGUCUAGAUUUUCUUGACCCAAAUUUGACCUUAAAUAUGUUUUUAUUCUUUUUAAAGCCGAAAAAGACCGCUCGCCUAACGCAUUAAAAAUUGAUAUCGUCAAAUAAAUUUGCAGUAAAGUUAAAAUAUUGGGAAAAGUUGCUUUUACAUCCUGGAAGAAUCAAAUUUUUUAUAAAUUGUAUGAUGUUUAUUCAAAUUUUCGCAUAACGUUACAAAAUGGGUAAUUUCAUUAUGCAAGUUCUCUUUGGUUUCAUCAACAUCGUUUUUAUGUUUCUCGCAUAAAGUAUUAAUUGACGUCUUGACUUCUUCUUUAUCUCUAGAUUAAAAAAAAUCUAAAAGCUGAUGUUACAUCCUUGUAGCAUUCAAUUUGCGAUUCUGAAAACAGCGAUUAAUUUUCUAGACUCUAGAUUUUCUGCGACACCGAUUUUUUUGUUGCUGCGACUACAAAUCGCAAGUGUAGUGUUAGCCUUAGAGGCCACUCUAUAACGCCAAAUUGCAAUUUUUGAAUCGCUUUACUUUUGAAUGUUUGAAAGAGUGUGCACCUAUUGUUUGGGUAUUAGCAUUUUCGAGAAUAAUCUAUUCUUUAUCUAUAAAUUAGAUUUAUGUACAUAUAUCUAUUUUUGUCUUUCGUUUAACUAUUUUAAAAGAACUUAUUUUGUUCCUAUUUUAAAAGAACUUACUUUAAAGCCAAAAAGUUUGUACGAUUAUUUUGGAUACAAUUCGAGACAUGGCCAGAUCUGACAACUUUCUGUAGUUUUUGGACAAGGGCCCCGCCACAAACACUGACACGGGGCCCCUGUGGGGCUAGGCUACGGCACUGUUUAUAGGCGUGAAGAGAUGUAACAAUGGAACAAAGGCGUUUGCAGUGUAUUGGCGUAUCUGCGUAUGAGAUUUUUUUUGAGAAUUUGUAUAUUAUUUAGCGACUUUAUUUUUUUAUAAUUAAAGGAAACGGGCCCCUGGGCACCCGCCCCAAGCGCCCAGUGGAUAAACCGGCACUGCCAUCAUAUGCGUACAUAUGGGGAAUGUUGGAGGAGUCGGACAGAUCCACCGUCUGCUAUUUCGGAAUUGCGGACUAGAAUUAAAGAUUUUUUCAUGCCAGAGGCAGUGGCGGAUCUAAACAUUUGCCUUGGGCGGGUAAAUUGGCCUUAGGGGGAAACUUCCAAUAAAAACCAACCAAAAGACAAAAAAAAAGUAAACGCAGAUUACAUAAAAUCUAUAAAUAAUAACUUAUAGGCAUUAAGUUCCCUUAAUUUUCCUAACUAGCGUAUUUAUCCUCAUUUUCCCUACCCGUAGAUCCGCCACUGGUCAGAGGGCAUCUUUAACACCUGUUUUAUCGGGAACGUGCGUCGUCGUGGAUGUUUGCAAGGCUAUAUCAUGUAUACUAGAUAAUAAUCAUAAACAUUUCAAUAUUCAUUUCAGUACUGUUUAUUCGCGAGCUCAAGCGAGGGUGCUGCCCCUUAUUUGGAACUAGAGGAAUUGAGAUGAAAAUAUAAACAAAUCAUCCUUUAACCUAUGUAUCAACGUCGUUUGAAAGCUUGUCGGAUAUGUUCAUUUAUGAUUAUUUAUAUUAAUUACAUCAAUAACAAUAUUAAUUAUACCAAAAUACGUUAUCCCUUGCUUAUACUAAUCAUAAUAUACUAAUUUACAUAACUUGGAAAAUCCUAAUUCACCAUAAUUUUAAAAUAGAAAAAGUUUCAAUUGAAAAGCACUUCACAACACAAUAAAUUAAACCGUAUAUCUAGAUAAUAUAAUAUAACUAUACGCUCUGAGCUUCGCUGGUGUCGAUCCUAGCGGAUUACUAAUGCAACUUUCACCGGUAAUUUUUAAAUUUAUUAUUUAAUUGUUAUCGCUUAAUAUUUACAACGCAAAAAAGUAAUUAAAUUGUAAUCGAUUUUUUAAAGAUUUUGCUAAUCAUUUUAACGUUCUAUUAAUGAAAUAUUAAUUUCUUACUUCGGAUACUUUCACAAUUAUCGUGUAGAUGGCGCUUAGAUUAAUUUAUAAUUACAUAUUACAUUUUAGCAUGGCUGAUUUCUUUAUAUUUAGUUAGGUGUUCCAAAGCUUAUUAACAAAUUAUGUGUCAGCUGUCCCAAAACCGGGGAUUUUAGCCAUCAAGGAAAGGUAAAAUGGGAAACUUGAUGGAAAACCGCUACAACUUAUAUGUCAAAUAUUUAUCUCCGUUACUUACGUGUAUAAUAGCCAAGAUUACCUAGUACUGGCUUUCACCCAGACGAUUCGGGUUCAAAUCCUGGCCCUGAAAAUCUUUUUUGUUUUUAAAAUUGACAAUUUGAUUUGAAAAAUAAUUAUUUUUUGAUAAUAUCACGUUUUUAUUAUUUAUAUGAUACAAUAUAAAAAAGUCUGUAUGUCUUUUAUAGAAUCGUAAACUAGGUAGGUAUGCAUUUGAUCAUAUUAUUAUGAUUGACCUCCUUAAUAAACAAAGUUGUUGUACAUAAUCCCCUAAAGCUUCCUUAGUUAGUACGACCAAUCAAAGUGAAAAAGGGGGUUGCCCCCCCCCCAUUUUUUAUUUUUUUUUGGACCCUAAUUUUUCACUUUUUUAUCACCAACCCCUCAUUAAUCUAAAUAUUUCCUUGUUCUCUAUAAUAUAUAAAAAUGAAUGUUUGUAAGCCCCUUAUCGAAUCGUAAACUAUGCAUGAUCAUAAUAUGAUGACCUCAAGCAAAGUUGUUGUACCUACAUGAAUGAACCCGGGAAAGUUUCUGAGUUAAUACGACCAAUCUAAGUAAUCAUUAUUUACGCAGACACCACAAAAAAAAUACUGUUUAUUAGAAAAAAAGUAUAUGCAAUAUUUUUGAGUAUUUUUUGGCUUUCUGGUAAUUUUUAGGUAUUGAACUUUUAAACAUUAUUUUUUAGUUCUAAGGCGGUACGAAGUUUGCCGGGUCAGCUAGUUAAUAAUAAGAGAAUAUUCUUGAACUAUGUAGUUUGGCAAAGAUUAAAAAGUAUAAACCAUUAAUUUAUGAAUUUUAGAUUGUACGAAAGAAGCGUCAGCUGAAUAUAUAUGAUCAAAUGCAAAGUUUACGAUUCUAUAAAAACAUACAGAGUUUUUUAUAAUGUAUCGUAUAAAUAAUAAAAACGUGGUAUUAUCAAAAAAUAAUAAUUUUUCAAAUCAAAACGUCAAUUUUAAAAACAAAAAAGAUUUUCAGGGCCAGGAUUUGAACCCGAGUCGUCUGGGUGAAAGCCAGUAGCUAGGUAUUCUUGGCUAUUAUACACGUAAGUCACGGACAUAAAUAUUUGACAUAUAAGUUGUAGCGUUUUUCCAUCAAGUUUCACAUUUUACCUUUUCUUGGCUAAAUCCCCGGUUUUGGACCAGCUGACACAUCAUUUGUUAAUAAACUUUGGAACACCUAACUAAGAAUCCGUAUAGGCCACACCAAACUUACGGCUUCCAGAUUUCAUCAGAUAUCCGGCCUAUCUGUUUAACAUGCCAGUGCCAACUUACCGUGAACCACAUUAUUACCGAAUAUCAUUAGUUCAGUGUAGUAAGACAACAGCUCAAACUCAAACCGCAGCUAUGUGACAUUCUAAGUGAUACCAACCAGUUAGACAGAGUUCUUCAGUUUUUAAAAAAAAUAUCAUUGUAUCAUAAACUUUAAUUUUUUUUUUUAUGACAUAACUUGUUAAUGCUCUUUAAUUAUACCUCUUGUAAUCUUGUUUGUAAUCGUCCCGUGCGAGUGGCCAUAGUUGCCGAGCACGUUAAUGUAAAUAAAAAAAAAUAAAUAAAAAGAAAACAGCCAUGCUAAAAUGCUCCGGUUAAAUUUGACACUACCUCCCGGGCUAUAUUAUUUCCUAUUAAUGUUUUUAAUUUCAAUGUUUUAAAUUAUUCACUUUGACAUUUAUGUCAAAUUUACAGUAAAAGCUUACAGACUUGUCACUACUGGCGCUCGCGAAUUUUUAAUUAUCCCCUCUACCUACGAGCUCAUAGCGUACAAGAUAAUUUUACAAAUGUUUUCGACCGUACUGUGUUAAAUUAUAGUGGUUUGAAGUUUCAGCAAUUCGGUCAUCUGAAAUAAAACUCGUAUUUGUUAUUUCUCAAUAUUUCGUCACGAUUUUUUGACUUCUGCAGGAGCAAACUCUAAAUGUAUUAAGAUUAGAUAUUAACAAAAGCCAAAUAUUUCAUUAGCAAGAAUCAUAUUAUCAUGCCCGCACCGUUACGGCACGUAGCGUAGUCUCCGAAAAACCUGAUUUUACAAAGAGUUGUCUGAUACUAUACGCUCCGGACAGUAUGAAUUGUUCAUAUUUAAAACCAUUAAAAUCAAUAUUUUUCGGAAACGAAACGCUACGUGCCGGAACGGUGCGGGCAUGAUAAUAUGAUUCUUGUUUAAGAGUAUUCAUUUAGAUUUUUUGAACAUAUCGUAAGGGACAUUGACUUAAUUUUGAUUUUGACAUUUAUUAUUUCGGGAGUUAUGGUAACUGCAAUAAAUUUUAUGUUUAUAGAAUGUUGUCUGAUAUUUGUGUGUGUUUUUGUGUUUUAUUGACACUGGUUUUCACAACCAACUGGCCAGAUUUUGUCUGAUAUUUAAAAUUUUGUAUUUUAUUUUGUUGUAUGUUCAAUUUGCAAUUUAUAUUAAUUUUGCAAUAUACUGUUUUUGCUUUA